AUGGUUCGUUCUGUUAUGUCGAGUAGUCACAAUUUGCAUAUUGGUCUCAUUUUUGUAGCAUGGUAUUUCAUUAGCUCAGCGUCCAGUGUCUUGAGCAAAAUUACACUGCAGAAUUAUCCGUAUCCAAUGACAAUAGCCUUAGCAUCUUUGUGUUGUGUGGAUCUUUGCUCGACUCCUCUACUUCGAAUAUGGCGUGUCAAGCAGUCUAUCAUAUCAAAGUAUCACUUGACUUAUUACAUUAUACCAAUUUCGAUUGGGAAGGUGAUUGCUGUUGUUAGUGCAUAUAUAAGUGUUGGAAAAGUAUCGGUAUCAUAUGUUCAAACGAUAAAAGCAACAAUGCCGUUGUUUGCUGUUGUUUCGGCUCGAAUUGUUUUGAAAGAGCGUCAGUCAAAGCGUGUUUAUUUAUCAUUAAUCCCAAUAGUAAUUGGUGUUACAAUAGCAACAGUUACCGAGAUAUCAUUUGAUUUAGGUGGUUUACUGAGUGCUCUGUUAUCGACUGGUAUUUAUUCGGUUUUGAACGUUUUCGUCAAAAAGGUAUUGGAAGGGACUGAUAUUCAUCCACUUUAUUUGCUCGCAUUAAAUUCCCGAAUUGCUGCCAUUUUGCUCUUUCCAAUAUGGUGCCUACAUGAUGGCUUAAUAUUGUGGCAUGGGGCGGAAAUGAGCAUCAAUGAAAAAUCACCUCACGAAAUAAACUUCAUCACUUAUUUAUUGUGUUCUGGUUUACUCUCGUUUUUACAAAAUCUAUGUGCCUUCACAUUAAUUAAUCACCUAUCUCCGCUUUCAUAUGCCGUUGCAAGUGCUGCAAAACGUACAACUGUGAUAUCAGCAUCGUUAUUCACGCUGCGUAAUCCAGUUACGCUAACCAAUGCUUUUGGCAUGCUGCUAUCUAUAUUUGGCGUUUUAAUUUAUAAUCAGGUUAGGUCACUUAUUACAUUCUUUAAUAACUUUUGCGAAGAGUUUCAUACACCUAGAUGCGAUUUGCCUGGAACAUGCAAUGAUUUAACUAUAUUUGUUGAUUCAAAAACUCCUGUAAAUGGCCGAUUUAUGAGUAAUGGAAGCCAUAAACCAGAUUUGUUCAAAAUUGAGCGGUUCCAUAUGGCUAGUUAUUGA